AGGCAGACGGGCCUGGCCGCUCGGCGUGGACGGAGCGGUAGUGUGUCGCGUUGUGGCCGCCGCCCAGCCAGCCAACCAGCGGACUCGGACUCUGUGCGCCUGCGUCGUAGGCCACGCCUCUUCAACCUUCGCGUGGGACAAGUGCUUCGUGUAACGGCCUCCAGAGCACUUGGGAGCGAGGGAUGUCCAGCAUGGAGGUCGACCUGGACGACAUCCUGGAGGAGCUGGGCCACUUCGGGAAGUACCAGAUCCUCUCCUUCGUGCUGAUGGGCUUCCCGACGCUCUUCCUCGCUGCCACCAGCACCAGCUUCGUCUUCACUGCUGCUGAGCUUAACUACAGGUGUUACGUUCCUGACUGCGAUGGCAGCCCUGUGGGGGCAGAUUUCAGUCCCCACUGGUUGCAGAACGCAGUGCCAGUAGACACCCGUGGAGACCUGCUGAAGCCUGCACACUGCCGACGUUACAUUCGCAACAGUUCUGUGGCAGCUGACAUCUUCAACAGCACGUGCCCUACCUCGCUCUUCACCAACACCACGGAGCGGUGUGAUGAAUGGGUGUAUGAAGGAUUUGAAACGUCCAUCCAGAGUGAGUGGGAUAUAACAUGUGAUGAAGAAUUGUGGAAACUUGGAAUGGUUGGCACCGUCAAUAAUUUUGGCUAUCUGUUGGGCCUACCAGUAUUUGGUUACAUCUCAGACAGAUUUGGCCGAAAGAAAGUCUUCAUGUAUGGUAUGGGCCUUACAAGUAUCUUGGGUUUUGCAAGAGCAUAUGCAAAUAAUUAUAUGACAUACUUGGUUCUUGAGUUCCUAGCCAUGUUUGUUAUGGGUGGAAACUUUUCAUCUAUUUUUAUACUUGGUAUGGAGCUCAUGGGACCAAAACGCAGAGCUGUGGCUGGUAUAGUCAUCAAUGCAUUUGAUUCCUUGGGUCCAGCAAUAUUGGGUUUAGCGGCUUGGUGGCUGAAGGACUGGAAGAAACUAAUUUUGGCACUUUAUGUACCAUCCCUUUUAUUCAUAGCCUAUUAUUGGUUGUUGCAGGAAUCUGUCCGCUGGCUGAUGGCACAAGGAAGAAUGAAGGAAGCUGGAGACAUUGUGAAGGCUGCAGCAAAAACUAAUGGUGUUAUUUUAUCUGAAGGUGCACUCAAGAAAUUUGAUGUUGCUCAAAAGCCACAGCGUAAAGAGUGUUCACAUAUGCUUGUUGCAGAAGGUGAAGGUGAUGGACAAAUACAUGUUUGCUGUGAAGAGAGAGAACUUCCGUCGACACCUUCCCUACAGACAGCUGUGUUACAGGUCUUCCGAUCACAUGUACUUCUCCCCAGGCUUCUCAACUGCUGUUACUGCUGGAUUACAAAUACUUUUGUCUAUACUGGUCUGUCUUUGAACUCGGUGUCAUUGGCUGGAAAUAAAUAUGAGAAUUUUGUGCUGUCAAGCCUUGUGGAGCAGCCUGCUUGCAUCCUGACAUACUUUAUGAUGGAUAGUAUAGGCCGUAAAGCAACACUCUGCAGUACUCUUGUAUUCAGUGGAACAGCUUGUUUUGCUUGCUUGUUAGUGCCAAAUGAUCUGACUUGGGUUACAACAAUGCUGUUUAUGAUGGCAAAGUUUGCCAUAACUGUGUCAUUCUGUGCACUUUAUUCCUUCACAGCUGAAAUAUUUCCAACUCAACUACGGAACUCUUUACUUGGUACAUGUUCUAUGAUUGGUCGUCUUGGGUCACUAGCAGCAACACAGACUUCAACACUGGCUCGCUACAUGGAGUCACUGCCACUGAUCUUGUAUGGUUCUAUGACUGUUGCAUCUGGACUACUGGCACUGCUGUUUCCAGAAACAAAAAACACUAAAAUGCCAGACACAGUGGAAGAUGCAGAGAACUUUGGUCGUAAACCGAGCAGAAAGUUUUCAUCUCUAGUUAAAAGCGAGACUUGCAAUGUGAAAGGCUCUGCAGAUGCAGCAGCUUAGAUGAAAAUGAGACUAAUGAGUACCUGAUGACACAUGAUCUCUUAACAUGAAGUGUUCCACUGUGUAGUGCUGUGAAAAAAUACUUGAUGGAAUCAAGAUAUAUCUUUUUCCUGAUGCCCCUCUAUUUUUAUUAUGAUGAACUAAAUGAUGCUACGUUUCUGUGAUGGGUGCCUUUAAUUCCUCAUUUGUGGUAAAAUAGUGAAACACUGUACUGAUAAAGGGCAUUAAUUUAUAUAAAUGUUUGUGGUGUUGUAAAGUAUUUGUCUUGAACUGUGAUUGUGGAAGUCCCAUAUGUGACGUGAAGUGUAAUGUUUAAUUUUUAACAAAAAUACAUUACUAAAAUGAAAAUUAAUGUAGUUGUGCAGCAUGAUAAUUUGCAACAGAAGUGACUGGUGUUUCAGGUUAUAUUUUCAUGUGAAUAGAUGGCAUUAUUUGCAAUGAACAAACAAAACAUAUAUUUUAAUGAAAAGACUUUUAUAUAACUGUUAAUUUGUGUGCAAAUGAAAUUUUUGUAUUACAAAAUACCUACAAAUCACUUUAUAAUGUGUGUGCUACCAGCUGUGUUGUACUGUAAGACAUGAUUUUUUAUAAAUAUGUAUACAAUUAGCAAUUUUUAAAAAUGUCAGUUUUUAUUUGACAAUCUUUUUGUGAAUUGUAUGUUUCCUUAUUCCUCUACUGAAACAUUUUGUAAGUAGAGCAGUACAAAAUAUGUAAGGAAAUGUGAAAUAAA